AUGGCUGUGCUGAUGACGAACAGCAGCAGGAAGACGGUUGUGGCACUGGCCGUGGUGGUGGUGGCGGCGGCGGCGCUGCUGGCGUCGUCCGUGUCGGCGGCGAUCACGUGCGGGCAGGUGGGGUCGUCGCUGGCGCCGUGCAUCCCGUACGCGACGGGGAAGGCCACAGCGCUCCCCGCGUCGUGCUGCACCGGCGUGCGCAACCUCAACAGCGCGGCGCGGACCAGCUCCGACCGCCAGGCGGCGUGCCGCUGCCUCAAGACCCUCGCCAACAGCGUCAAGAGCGUCAACAUGGGCACCGUCGCCACCAUCCCCGGCAAGUGCGGCGUCUCCGUGGGCUUCCCCAUUAGCAUGUCCACUGACUGCAACAAGGUCAGCUAA